AAACCAGAACGAACGCUUCAUCUCAGGAGCUGGAUAAGGAAUUUAAAAUUCCUUUCAGAAUCAUCAGUAUAUGGGGAGAAAAAGAAUGUUAAGGAAAAACAAAACAUUAAUUUUUAAAUACUUUCUUAAUCUCAUUAAUGGAGCUUUUUUGGUUCUUGGACUUUUACUCAUGGGAUUUGGUGCAUGGCUUUUAAUAGAUAGAAAUAAUUUUUUCACAGCUUUGGAUGAAAAUAAUCACUUGAUAGUAUAUAUUUUUCGAAUUUUGAUUGGAACUGGUUCUGCUACUGUUCUUCUUUGUCUCUUCGGUUAUUUGGGAAUUCACAGUGAAAUCAGAUGGCUUCUAAUUCUGUAUGCAGUACUGUUAAUGUGGGCCUUUGGUGUUCAAGUUGUACUUUCAGCACUCAUCUUCACAAAGAAAGAGGAGGUUCACCAAAUAUGGCAGGAUAAAAUUGAUUCAGUCAUUUCUGAGUAUGGAUCUAAGGACUUGCCUGAAGACAUACCCAAGUGGACGAUUCUAAAUGCCUUGCAGAAAACAUUACAGUGUUGUGGCCAAAAAAAUUACACAGAUUGGUUGAAGAAUAAGAAUAAAGAAAAUUCAGAACAGGUGCCAUGUUCUUGCACAAAUUCUACAUUAAGAAAGUGGUUUUGUGAUGAGCCACUGAAUGCAACUUACCUAGAGGGUUGUGAAAAUAAAAUCAACACAUGGUAUCAUACUAAUGCUUUAACAUUAAUUGGAAUUAACUUUGGACUUUUGGCUUCAGAGGUUUUGCAAUUCUCAUUAACUGUUUCCUUCUUUAGACACAUCAAGAAUAGAAUAUAUGCAGAAAAGUGAUCUUUAGAUUUUAAUUUGUCCAGAAGAAACCAGUUAAUUCUCAAAAUAAUCACGUUGUAUUCUUCUAGUCCAAAAAAUUAAAAAGUUUUGAAUUAUAUUCAUUAAGUUUAAGAUUUAUUCAAGUCAUUGAUUAUAUGUAACACAGAAUUAUUGGAUAUUUUAAUGAAUCAGCCCAUGAAAUU